CAAGGGUCGGACGGUAAAGUACUGGGGGAGGUGCGGCGUGGAAUUUUGGGAUUUGUUUUGCAGUCGGCUCUUUGCACCCGGCGCUAAAUUCACACGGACCCAUAAGCGAUAAUAAAGAGGCUCAAACCGACCGAAUAGGUUAUUCAUAUAAGGAGACAAGAGGCGGGAAGGCAGGCGGUAUAUUUUAUAUAGCCAAAGAUAUAAUGUUUAAACGCUGACGUUCGAAACAGAACUACAGAGAUGGACGGAGAGAAGCUGCAGCUUUUGAAUGGAGAAAAAAGGUGAGCGCUUAAACAGUCUGCAUGUUACCUGAGUUUUGCUUAAAUUGCAACAUAUACCAUGAAUCUUAAAACUUUUAGAGUGUUUACAUUAUUUUGCCUAAACUGUUUUUUUUUUUUUUUUUAACCACUCCAUCUCCCCUAGAAACAAGCCAUUCGGUGCUUCUUCAUGACCGAUUACUGGAACAAUUUCCAGAAAGUUCUUGCCAUUUUAAUAUUAGUAUUACUAUGCACCACGAACAUGUAUUUUUCAUUAGAUGAGCAAAAUAACACAAUGAUGUUUUUUUGCGUCAGGAAAAUUUACUCUAAUGCAAAAAAAAAAAACUCCUUUACAAAUAUGUGUCACAGAUCAUUAGGGCAACAAUAUCUAUGCAGGACUGUUACUUAUAUUUUUAAUGUACAUGAAAUGGUAUUAUGCAGGAUUACCCAAUUUUCAUUUAUAUCUUCUACACGUUUUAAUCUUGUAGUUCUGGAUACAGUCGCUGUGCCUAUUUACCUACAUCACAUGUUCUACAUAUGCAUAUUUCCACAGGUAGUUACACUUAAUUAUAAAAGCCAAUGAGUUUUGGGCAGGGCAUUAAAGGGGCAGUUUAUACACCAUAUCAACUUUAUCUAAAUUGAAGGAUCACUAUACUGUCAGGAAAACAAACUCGUUUUCCUGACACUAUAGCAUCCUUAGGACCCUCUCCCUUGGCGCUGAAAGGGUUAAAAAAACCCUUCAGUUACUUCCAUUAAUCCAGCGCUGGGCUCCCUCGGCGCUGGUGACCUCUCCUCCCCCGCCAGCUCCCAAGUGGAGCGGAAUGCGCAUGCACCGCAAGAGCCGUGCGGGCAUUUAAACAGUCCAUAGGAAAACAUUUCUCAAUGCAUUCUUAUGGACGUUCUGCACGCUGGAUGCAAAUUUUGCAUCCAGCGUUGCAGAACCGCCUCUGGCAGCUGUCAGGAAGACAGCCACUAGAGGUUGGCUUAACCCUGCAAUCAGUGAUUGUCUAAGAAAGUUAGCUGACAGCUCUCAAUCAAUCAUCACUCCAAAAAGACACUCCGCUUUCUGAAACUGAAAUUUAAAGGACCACUAUAGUGCCAGGAAAACACUUGUUUUCCUGGCAUUAUAGUGCCCUGAGGGUGCCCCCACCCUCAGGGUCCCACUCCCGCCCUGCUCUAGAAAGGGGUAAAAACUUACCUUUUUCCAGCGCUGGGCGAGGAGCUCUCCUCUUCCGAUCCUCCUCCUCUCCGCCCAUUCUGCUGAAUGCGCACGCGGGUCAAGAGCAAUUUACAAUGUUUCCUAUGGACGCUUGCGUGCUCUCACUGUGAUUUUCACAGUGAGAAGCACGCAAGCGCCUCUAGCGGCUGUCAGUGAGACAGCCGCUAGAGGCUUUGGGGGAAGGCUUAACCCAUUCAUAAACAUAGCAGUUUCUCUGAAACUGCUAUGUUUAUAAAAGAAUGGGUUAACCCUAGCUGGACCUGGCACCCAGACCACUUCAUUAAGCUGAAGUGGUCUGGGUGCCUAGAGUGGUCCUUUAAGAGUUGAUAUCAGCAAAGCUUUUCAGCAAGCCAAAGUGCUUUAGGGAUCUGGAUUGUCCCUUUAUGUGUUUAAAUGAUCUCAAAUUGAUGUUUAAAUGAUGCUUUCAGCCUACAUUGGCAUCUGUUUUCUCUAACACAAGGAGUCUGAAAGCAGUGUGGGAGCCAGACAGAAACCAGGUAAGUGCCAUAUCCAGAUCCAGCCCGAGAUGUUGCGCAAGGAUGAAAUGUGACCUCCCCUGCCAUCUUUCACCAAAACCACACCCACGCUCAUUGUUCUAUCACAGUGGUUCACAAACUUUUUAUCUUUAAAGCGCCCUUAAUAAGUAAAAAUUUCUAGGUUGUAUAUCUGUUCAGUUCUGCAGCAUUUACUGGUGCUAUAGUGUAAUAUAAAAUGUUUCUGUUUGUAGAGGUACUUAUAUAUAGUUUGUGUUUUAAUAUAGGGGUGUGUUUGUAUGUAAUGUUUGCGUUUGCAGGGGUGUGUUUGAAUUUAAUGGGUGUACAUUUGUGUGAAGUAUUUGUGUUUGUAUAUCCUUUUGGAGUUUGAAUGCAUGGGUGUGUUUGUAUGUAAUAUUUGUGUUAGAUUGCAGGAGUGUGUUUGUAUGUUGUGCUGGUGUAUGACUGCUUGGAUGUAUGUACAUACAUAUAAACAUACCACACAUUCAUAUAGACACCGACACAUACACACGCACCCUGACACACACAAACAUUGAUACAUACACACCAUGACACACAGAUGCACAUGUCCUGACGCACAGAUGUGUGGGUGUGUGUGUGUACACACAUACUGACACAGAAGCACAACCUGAAAAAAAUAAAUAAAAAAUAAAUAAAAAUAUAUAUAUAUAUAUAUAUUUAUACACACAGCAGCACAACCUGACACACGCACACACAUACAUACGCACUCACUCACACAUACACAUACUCAUGUGGCGGACCGCCUGGCACCCCAACUGGGUGCCUCCGCCUGUCGGUUUCCUACUAUUCCCGAGUACUUCCAAGCAUUACACCAGACACCAAAACCACCGUAGUCCCCACAGCCUGCCAUACAGCUUGUUUGGGGUCUCGCUGUCUUCCACCCACCCUGGACCCAAGACCAGGAUCCAGCUUCCAGUGGGUAGACCUCUCUUACUCCAGAGAGGAUAGCUCUUAAAAGAGCAAGUGAUUUAUAAUCCAAGGUUGUGGAUAUAGCUUUUGAGACGAGGCUCUAUGUUGAGGGUGAAGAGGAACUGUUUAAUGGCAGCAACUGGCCUUAUAUGCAAGUCCCUAUGCAAGGGGUUUUCCAUAACAUAUUCCAGGGGCAUUCCCCACUGGACCUGAGAGGGGACUGUGACAAAUUACAUACUGUAAUUACAUUGAUUCUCAGGUCCUGGAUAAUUCCUCCCCUGUGCCUGAGAGAUAAUUGAGUCAGGAACUGUACUAAACUCAAUUAUCUCCAGGCACAGAAAACAUAAAUUAACAACAUCGUGAAAGUACCCCCAAAACACAUGGCAACCCCACAAAAGUCACAUGCCCUGAUAGCCCCAAUCUAGGGGACCAACAUAUCCAAAAAUCACCCAGAUGGGUUCGGGAUAUCCAUGGAAGUCAUAAUUUGACCGACCACACACUAGGCUCCUCCCAAAAUAGUUCCAUGAAAUCAGGCUGUGAGGUCAGUCUCUUUCGUGAGUACAAAAUAUAGCAAAAGUACCAAACGUAGCGUCUAUGUCCCUUAUUCGGGAGCUUGCUUCCACCGAACACCUUUCAAUUUCCACAUGUUUUACCAAACUUUAACCCGGAGGGCGUACUCUAAACGCCGCCGGGCGCCCUCCAGUUUUUGUUUACUUACCCGGCCGUCGGCGAUCCCACGCCGGCGAUCGCGGUUGGGGGCACUCCCAGGGAGCCCCCCUGCGGCACAUCUUCUCUCCUGCAGCCCCCCCGGCCAUGUGAGAGUGAGUGUAAAAAAUAAAUAAAUAUAUAAUUAUAUAUGCAUAGUAAAAUGCAUUACUACGAUGAUAUCGCCAGUAAAAGUAAAGUUUGUUUUUUUUGCAUUUUUCAUGCACAAACAGCACUUACACGGACGAUAUUAUUGCUGCGAUACUUUUUACUGUUUUGAAACACAAAUAUUUGUGUUCAGCGAAGUCUCCCGAGUACAACCGUACCCCUCAUGUACAGGUUUUAUAGUGUUUUCAAAAGUUACAGCGUCAAAUAUAAGGCUUGUGUUUUCAUUUUUUUCACAUUAAAAUUCGUCAGAUUGGUUAGGUUGCCUUUGAGACCCCAUGGUAGCCCAAGAAUGAAAAUUACCUCUAUGAUGGCAUACCAUUUGCAAAAGAAGACAACCCAAGGUAUUGCAAACGGGGUAUGUCCAGUCUUUUUUAGUAGCCACUUAGUCACAAACACUGGCCAAAAUUGGUAUUUUUUGCAUUUUUCACACACAAACAAAUACUAACGCUAACUUUGGCCAGUGUUUAUGAUUUCAAUUUCAAAUGUAACGUGCUAUAUUUGACCCUGUAACUUCCCAAAACGCCAUAAAACCUGUACAUAGGGGGUACUGUUUUACACGUGAGACUUUGCUGAAUACAAAUAUAUGUAUUUUAUUGCAGUAAAAGCAAACAGUAUUAUGACAUUGACAGUUAAAAUGUCAUGUAGAACUAAAAAAAUCAAAAAAAAAUCUUAUUUUCUACCAUUUUUUUCAUAUUAAAUUAUGUUUCACAGCUAAAUAUUUGAUAUUAAAUGAAAUCCCUGUUUCCCCUGAAUAAAAUUGAUAUAUAAUAAGGCUGGGUGCAUUUACUAUGAAAGAGGUGAAUUACAGUUGGACAGACAUGUAGUGCAAAUGCCAGGUUUUGUUUACAUUUUGUUUUGUUCACAACGUGUACAUUUGGCUCCGUCCUUAAGGGGUUAAAGGAAGUUCUAGAGGUGCCGUCGAGUGUCUGAUUUGAGUUCCAUGCACUCGACGACCAAACACCGUUCUGUGCAUUUGCAGCUAAAGAUGGCCGCCGCCACUUGUUCGGCAAUAUAACUGCUGACCACCCAGCCUAUCACCAAUUUAGUUGCGGUUAAAGGAACACUAUAGGGUCAGGAACACAAACAUGUAUUCCUGACCCUAUAGUGUUAAAACCACCAUCUAGCCCCCCUGAGCCCCUCAUGCCUUCAUAAAUAUAGCAAAAUCUUACUUGUUUAUUAAGCCUGAAGCUGUAGCUCUGCAUACUGUUUGCCUCAGAAAAACUAGCUGUCUGCUGACCUCUCCAGAAGUGGAGGCCUGACCCAAUCACAAUGCUUUUCCAUAGGAUUGGCUGAGACUGACAAGGAGGCAGAUCAGGGGCAGAGCCAGCACAAUUUAAACACAGCUCUAGCCAAUCAGCAUCUCCUCAUAGAGAUUAAUUGAAUCUGCAUGCAGAGGGAGGAGACACUGAAUAUUUGGAUGCAUUUUAGACAGCCAUGACCCAGGAAGAAUCUCUAACAGUCAAACAGCACAAGUUCAAUUAGUUUGGUACAUCACAUAUACCGAACCUGGUAAUUUAAAAAGGCACGAACAGAGACUAGUUUGUUGCAAAAUUGGAAGCGCUUCAGACUAGGUGUCUUGCCUUCUUUUGGAUCAACAGCAAAAACAUAUGUGAGGAAGGCUGAACUUGAUGGACGCAAGUCUCUUUUCAGCUAUGUAAUACACACGCGCGCACUCAUACACACAUACAUUGUGCUCGCACACUCAUAUGCACAUACUUGUGCACGCGCCCACACGCACACAUACAUACCCACAAGUGAUAUGUUUAAUAUCUCACGCCACCCUCCUGUUAGCUUACCUUGUGUGUCCAAGAGGGUGGCUUGGAGUCCAGCUGGUGGGAGUGAUAGGUAUGGAGCUCUUCGUGCUCCUCUCCCUCCCGCACUUGCAUGAUGCUGGGAGGAAGUGACAGGAUGUCACUUCUUCCCAGCCUGCCGACAUUACAGGUGUCCAGUCGCAGUCUUAAAGGACCGCUGCACCUGACCGGGUCCCUGUUCAGUAGUAAAAUUAAAAUGAAAAUUAUCAGCAUCGUGAUUAGAUCAAUACUUUCCAAUAACCUAUUUAGAGCAAUGCACGCUAGAUUAGAUGUCACAACAUAAAUGCUUCUGCAGUGGUAUUAAAAUAUUGGCCAAAUAUAAUAUACAUCAAACUUUUCACCCCUCAUGUCCAAUCAAUUGCCAAAUCCUCUCACUUCCAUCUCAAAAACAUAACGCACAUCCUCCCCUAUUUAACGCCAGAUGCAGCUAAGGUGCUGGUCCAUGCUGUUGUUCUCUCUCGCCUUGACUACUGCAAUCCCCUUCUCAGUGAUCUUACGUGUACCCAGAUUGCACUGCUGCAAUUUAUAAUAAAUGCGGCGGUGAGGCUCAUUUUCCUCCCCGCUCUGUCAGUCUCUGCAUUGGCUUACAGUUAGAUAUAGGGCUCAAUUUAAAAUUCUGGUGCUUGCUUACAAGUCCCUACAUAAUGCUGCUCCAACCUGCCUAUACUCCCUAAUACAUAAGUAUGUCCCGUCGAGGCCCCUACGCUCUGCCAAAGACCUACAUAUAUCCUCUGUCCGUACUCCCACCUGUUAGCAGGUUUUUAUCCCCCAUGACUCCUCUCCUGCAACUGUCAAAAUUACCUACUAAGCCCUCAGUGAAUACUUUUCUAACAACCUACUUCGUACCCCUACUUUUACCAUUUGUGUCACUAUACCCCACUCCCUCUAGAAUGUAAGCUCAUUAAGCAAGGCCCUCCACCUCUCUGUUCCUUUACGUCCAGUUGUCUGGUUACAAUUACAUGUCUGUUAGUCCACCCAUUGUACAGAGCUACGGAAUCUGAUGGUGCUAAAUAAAUAAUAAUAAUUAACAAUAACAAACCAAAGAGGUGUUUAAAUUGUCAUGUGAGAUAUAUGCUAUUAGAAAAGGGUGUUUUCUGUACAAGAUCCAUCUAUAUUAUUUUGGGUGUGGUUUUCUUCUUUUUUAUAGUCUGUAUUUAUUCCCAAAAGUGUCUUUCUGUAUUUUUUUUAUUUUAUUUUUUUAGGAUGUCUUACAAGACUAUGUACAGGGCUACCAUAAGGAAUUUUGGGGCUUCUUACCCAACUCAAGUUCUGGGCCUGCAUUCAUGUCUGCCAAUAAGGAGAGAGAGAGAGUGUGUGUCUCUCGCAGUGAUGGUAAACCUUUUUUAGCCCCAUUGCCCAAACUGCAACAUGAAACCAACCUCUUUAUCAUAAAACGUCGACGCUGCAAAUAAACCUGAAAACUGAGAUUUAUAAAAAAAAAAAAAAAAAUGACCAUCUUCAUCACAUGAGGAGUCUGUCUUCCUCUAAUCCUGCCCCACCUGUAUGUCAUACAUACUAAUUCCUGCCCUCAAUCCCUUGAUUGGUAAUGCCCACUGCAGACCUACAUUUGCCCCAUAAGCUAUACGUAUAGAGCGCAUUAUUGGCAGUCCCUGUGCAAGCCCUGGACACACUCACUCCCAUAGCACCCACUAGCUGAGGGCUUAAAAAAAAAUAUAUAUAUAUAUUUGUGCUAUUUGAAGCUUUGUUUCCAGCUAAGAUACUCUCCCUGGGCCAUCACUAGCCCCAGGCAAUGUCCGCAGUCGCGGGGAUUACAGUAGGCUUCUCAAGACCCUACACAGGGCUUAGAAACUUUAGGGCAUGACAAGACUCCUUAUUCUCCUAGCCAGAGAUCCAAUGUGAUGAUGGUAAAUAGGGAGAGAGGAGCGUCCCAGGGGCGGUGGUAUCUGAGGAUAAGGGUCUCGAGUGAAUGCCUUUUUUAAGAUUUUUAACACUCUGCUCCCCACACAGCUUGUUCACCAACAAUCCACAACUCUGGUUGCCCCACUGUCUGCCUGCCAUUUAUCCGAGGGGUGACAGGGAUUACCACCACACUUUUUUAUCACUGUCUUAACCCAGGGUUGGGGGAAGCAUAAGAAAAUAGUUUGGGGUGUCUGUGGAGCACAUACAGUGAUGUAACUAGGUGCCUGAAUCAAAGAAACGUCCGGCCCCCCCAUUACACUCUCACUGAUACACAUACACUGACAUACACCCACUGACACAACACACAGUAAUUGGCGCACACACACACACUGUUAAACCACCACACAUGGAAACACACACAUUUUCACUGGGGGACACAUACUUACACAUUCUCAGAUACACAUACACACACACUCACUAAAAUAGACACUUUCACUGUUUUGACACAAACUGACACACACACACUCAGUGAGACACACACUGACACUCGGAUAUAUACACUCUUUCUCACACACGUGUUUAAUAUUUUUUAAUUUUUUUUUUUUAUAGGUCCAUCCAUCUUCCCUAUUUUUGGGAGAGCUCAUGUGGGUGUUCUGGCUGCACUCCAUUGGCUGCUUUAAUCUCACUGCUCGCUUGUCAUUUAGUGAUGCUGGGAUAACUCAUAUCCUGGUUCCUGCCUGAAUACAAUGGGCCCGGUUACACUUUCCACUUUAGUCUUGUCACUGAACGUGUAUGAAAAAGAUGUGGCAAACCUACGACAUAAAUGUUAACAGACCUCCUAGUGUAUGCAUGCCAUAGGAACACUGUCGAUGGUAUAGUGAAUGCAGAGUAUGUAAACCUGAAUAGGGGAGAUAUAUGUAUUAUUUAUUUCAUUCUAUGGGCAAAAAGAUUUUAUUUAUUUUAUUGUAAGUUUUUAUUCUCCUCCCUGCCUCUUACCAGUGGCUUUGUGCAGGCUGCUAAGAACUUGUUUAUUGAAGAGGGUGGCCCAGUACGCUGUAUCUUCAGUUUUCAUCAGCUUUUCUAUCCAACUCGUGUAGAGAGGAGCUGCUGGAAACUGAAGAUGGUGUGUACUGGGUACCCUCUUCAAUAUACAUGAUACAGCCAGUGGCCUGGAAGCCUGCAUUUUAAAGGGGCUUGUCUGUGAUACAAAAUUACUGCUGGGCUGACAGGCGAGUGGCUGGAGGGACUGAUCGUGGAAGACAAGGGAAUUUCCCAAACUUAUUACUAUAAUAUAACUGUUAGAAAAUACCAAAGUGGGAGCCAUGGCCACAUCACAGGGGUCGGCUCUGGUCAUACCAUGCUAAAAUCGUUUGACAGGUUAUGCUAAAAUGGGACAAGGGUACCCCGGGAACCGUAAUCCCCACAGGGGCUCUAGUGGUUAUGGUCCUUGGAUUAUUCCUUUAAGAUCUAUGUUACAAAAUUAAUUGCUGGCUUGAGGAAAUUAAUUACUGCUGGUCUGGAAAGGUGUCUUUUUAACCCCUUAAAGGGACACUGUAGGCACCCAGACCACUUCAGCUCAUUGUCUCUUUUGCGCCUAGUGCUGCAAUGUAAACAUCGCAGUUCCAGAGAACUGCAAUGUUUACAUUGCAGCACUAAGUCUGGCCUCAGUUGCUGUCUACCAGACAGACACUGGGGGCACUUCCGGAAUCGUAACAGACUUGUAGUCUAUUAUCUGAUGCUGGAUGUCCUCACGCUCAGUGCUUUCCUAUGGGGAGGUCUAAUGUGGCAAUUAGACCCCGCUUGUCACGGGACAGAGGAAGGGGCGGAGCUUCAAUAAGGUAAGUAGAGUUUUUAACCCUUUAUUUACCAGGAGGCACGUGAGGGCAAUGGGAGACAGAGGGAUUGGUAGUGCUAGGAAUACAGCACUGAAUCAGACUAAAAUCGGACAGACUAACUCGCGAACACCGCUGAACUUGUAUCAUCACCUGCUUCUUUUCCAGAGGCAAAGAAGAGUGCUCUUCGGGCAAAUUGUUUGCACAAACUUAAAGCGGCACUGUCAUGCCGAACUUACCUUUCCUCAAUCUCUUCCUCUUCUCCCCCUCUCUCGGGAUUUGUUAUUCUUUUCUUCCUGUCUUCUUUAGUUUUCUUUAAAAUCAUAAGACAAAGUAGGGACUCUUUGCCUUAUGGAGGAUUCCUCCGCUUGACCAGCUCUGACCAGCGGAGGAGCAAAGUGUGCUUCAUUUCCGCUGGUCAGAGCAAUUUUCCCAUGAUCCUUACCUUCCCUCUGUGUUCCCACAAUGCUUCCUGUCACUUUACACUAAACUGCUGAAUUGCGUUCUAACUGAAUGAGAACAGUCUGUUCGUUUCUUUUAGAACGCAAUUCGGCACUUUAUUCGGAUCGGAAUUUCAUUCUAAUGAAUGAAACUCUGAUCCUAUUCAUGCUGUGGCUGCAUCUUGCAGCCGUUUAGUAGAUAACUCCCUAAUUCCCACGGUAUCAGGGAGCUAUCUACUAAAAGGCUGAAAGACCUAAAUUGGUCUUUCAGCCAAUUUACUAAUACUAAGUAAAGAUUACUUAGUAUUAGUAAAUAAUAUGCCCCUACUCGCUAUACCGCGAGUAGGGGCAUGUGUAGUAAGCAGUGAGCAGCUAUAGCUGCUCACUGUAAAAAAACAAACAAAAAACUAAUAACCCCCCCCACUCCCCCCAUGCCCGUGGGGGCCCUAAAUAAAGAUGGGGGGAACCUGGCCCCUGGCCCCCACCCCUGAGCGGUGGGUGGGGGCCCUAAAUAAAGAUAUGGGGGGAACUUCUGUCCCCCCCGGCCCCCACCCCUGCGCGGUGGGUGGGGGCCCUAAUAAAACAAUAAGGGGGGGGACCUACUGUCCUCCCCCCCUGGCCCCCACCCCUGCGCGGUGGGUGGGGGCCCCAGUAAAACAAUAAGGGGGGGGACCUACUGUCCUCCCCCCCCCCGGCCCCCACCCCUCUGUCUUAAACCCACCAAUCAGAGUGUUCUAAGCCUAAUUGCAGGGCGGGGCAAGGCUUUAUAAGCCUUGACCCGCCCUGCGGAGCUCAGUCUGCGGCGUGCCCUCGAAGGGCGAACUUGGAUUAAUUUUUUUUUGCGCUCGGUUUUGUUUUUUUGUUUUUUAAAGUGCGACGGGUAUAAUGGAUUUUUAUUUGGCCUUUUUGGGGGCUGAAGAAAGAAGAUUUUAGAAAAAAGAAGACGUCAAAUGGUAAGUUAAAUUUUUUUUUUUUACAGGUUAGUUAUUUUAUUCCCCCCCUCACUAUUUGUAGGGUGAGGGGGGUAGGUAGGGGAUAGGUUUUUUUGGGUGGGGGGGGUGGUGACUAGGGGCUUGGGACCCCUAGUCACCUUGAUUGGGGGGGGUGGGGUGUUUCAUUUAGGGCCUCCACCCACCGCUCAGGGGUGGGGGCCGGGGGGGAGGACAGUAGGUCCCCCACCCUUAUUGUUUUAUUAUGGCCCCCACCCACCGCUCAGGGGUGGGGGCCGGGGGGGGAGGACAGUAGGUCCCCCCCCUUAUUGUUUUAUUAGGGCCCCCACCCACCGCUCAGGGGUGGGGGCCGGGGGAGAGGACAGUAGGUCCCCCCCCCUAUUGUUUUAUUAGGGCCCCCACCCACCGCGCAGGGGUGGGGGGGGGGGGAGGACAGUAGGUCCCCCCCACUUAUUGUUUUAUUGGGGCCCCCACCCACCGCGCAGGGGUGGGGGCCAGGGGGGGAGGACAGUAGGUCCCCCCCCUUAUUGUUUUAUUAGGGCCCCCACCCACCGCUCAGGGGUAGGACAGUAGGUCCCCCACCCGCCGCUCAGGGUGGGGGAGGGGGGGAGGACAAUAGGUCCGCCCCCCCUUAUUGUAAUUUAUGUCUUUUUUUUCAACAGUGAGCAGCCAUAGGCUGCUCACUGUUUAGUAGACAUGCCCCUACUCGCGGUAUAGCGAGUAGGGGCAUUUGGGAGAUUUUAAUCUCCCUUGUGCUAUUAUGGGGUCAUAUUGACCCCCAUAGAGUGAGAGGGGGUACUGGGGGGCUUAUGAAGUGGUGGGGAGCACUGCUCCCUGCCGCUUCUAUAGUUACAUAUUACAAGGAGGGAGCUGCGUGCCGGUAGCUCCCUCCUUGUAAUAAACUAACGAACAAACUAACACUGAUACAUUGUGUUAGUUUGUUCGGCUGAUAUUUCUAUUCACUCAUUCGUCUGUCUGAUGAAUGAAUGAAUAGCUGAAAUUCCCGUUCGCAUGUCCAGGUGUUUCACUGGGCAUGUGCGGGAAUCUCAGUGUCUGCCUAGUGUGGGCUGAUGACGUGUCCCUGAGGGACUUCACCUACCCACACAAAGAUGGCGGCGCCCUGAAUAUAGAUCGGGGCAGAAAAUAAGGAUUAAAAAAUAGGUAAUGUGGGGGCUUAGGGGCAUUUGGGGGUGACUAGUGGGUCAAUUGGAUGUAGUGGAGGCGGGAGGGGGGUUAAAAAAAAAAAAACGGGAUUCGGCAUGACAGUGCCGCUUUAAGGAACAUUCGCUUUUUAGAACCAGAACCGAACACUUAUUUGUACAACGGCAGGAACUCCCGAACAGAGACUGGACACAACCCAUUUCACUCUUUCGAACUACGACCACGUGGCCGAUAGGUCAAAACUUAACCCGGAUGGUGUUCCUGUUCUACCGAACAGGACAACUUGGGUACUCUGAUCUGGGCUAUCCGGGGACAUAGAACUUGUGGGGGUUCCUGGAAAAACUGCAUGUGUUUUGGGGUGUUUUCUGUGUGCCCGGUCUUGAACUCAAUUAUUCAACUACUUGCCACUCUUUAAUUCAAUUAUCUCCCAGACACCGGGGAGGAGCUUGUGUUGAACUGUAUGGAGACCCCCUGCUGGGGUUCUGUGUAUAAGUUCACUAGUUCACUCCCCGCAUUAAGUCUCGGCUAAUGUCUUUGCUAUAAUCACUCCGCAACUCUAAUCACUGAAGUCUCCGCAGCAAAGAUCCAGAGAGGGGGGAAAAGGACAUCCUUGGCAGCUAGACCCCUGUCCUUAUCCGGGUGGCCUCCACAUAAAUAUGACAUACAUUAGUGU